AUGAAUACAGUAUCUCUAAUAAACAAUUCAAUCUUAAAUUCAGAUACAAAUAAAAGACUUUAUACUGGAAAAGAGGAAGAAAAUAAUGUUUUUAUUAAUACCAUGUCUAUUAAUAACCCAACAAAAAAAGUGUAUUCGGGGGAUAUUGAUCCAGAAUUUUGUUUUAAUUCAAAAGCUCUCAGUCCUGCAGGACAAUCCUCAAUGCCUUCGCUAGAUAUAAAUAAUAAAAGACAAAAUGGAUAUAAACUCAUAAUACAAGCAUUUAAACAAGCUCUAAAAGACACUAAUUCCUCUCUUGGUAAGCUUGCUGUAGUGUGUGAUAUGGCUAGCGAUGAAAUAGAAGCAACUAGAUAUGUGGCUGCAAUCUCCGAAGAGACUAAAGAACAUGUUUGGAUUGUAAUACUUUACGAUGUUGCUAAAUAUGAUCAACUUUUUAAAUGGGAGAAUAAAGUUAUGUAUAUCAAAGAUCAAGAUGAAG